UUAUAGGGCCAUUGAUUGGAUAUGCUGAGCAAAUAUUAGGCACUAAAUGGAUCAUUACCAUUGGAAGUAUUAUGGCCACUUUAGGCAUAGGAGGAUGUUUCUUUGCUGAAGAUAUAUUGGUUAUCACACUUUUGUGGGGAGUGGUACUAGGACUCAGCUAUGGAUUUGCGCACAAUAUGCAAGCCUCACUUUUAAAUCAACAUUUUAAAAAUGGAAAAAGUAAAGCCAACGGUUUCGUUUUAUCAGGUAGUUGCAUUGGAGGAGCUUUGUUGCCAGCAUUGACAUCAGCUUGUAUACAGUCUUAUGGAACUUCAGGUUCUUUCCUUGUUUUAUCAGCAAUUAUAGCUCACACCAUACCAGCCAGCCUUUUAGUACACUACUCAAAAAUUACACCAUUAUGUAACAUUCAAAAUGAGAGUGGAAUCAUUGGGAAUAAAAAUGAUAAAAACAGUCCUGAAAUCUCGAACCUUUCAGAUAAUUAUAGUAUGAAUAGUACACAUACAAAACAACCGAAACAAGUAAAAAAUAUAUCGUCUACAGGUUUGUUUAUUUCCAAUUCAUUGCAAAACAGUAAAGAAAACGUGAUAAAUCGUGAAAGCGCAUCAUCUGCUGAUGAUUCAUAUUUUUCAAACAAACUACAUAAAGAGCGAAAUGAAAAUGUAAAAGAAAUUGGAUUUGUGCUACAUAAGGAGCAAAACGAAAAUGUAAAAGAAGCUGGAUUUGGGUUGCAUAAGGAGCAAUUUGAAAAUGUAAAAGAGACUAGAUUGGUGGUACAUGAAAACGAAAAUGCAAAUGAAACUGGAUUUGUGUUGCAUGAGGAGCAAUUUGAAAAUGUAAAAGAGACUGGAUUUGUGUUACAAAAAAACGAAAAUGUAAAUGAAACUGGAUUUGGGUUGCAUGAGGAGCAAUUUGAAAAUGUAAAAGAGACUGGAUUUGUGUUACAUAAAAACGAAAAUGUAAAUGAAACUGGAUCUGGGUUGCAUGAGGAGCAAUUUGAAAACGUAAAAGAGACUGGAUUUGUGUUACAUGAAAACGGAAGUGUAAAUGAAACUGGAUUUGGGUUGCAUAAAGAGCAAUUUGUAAAUGUAAAAGAGACUGGAUUUGUGUUACAAAAUGAGAAACAUGAAUUUGCAAUUACAAAAAAAGAAAGUGAAAAUGGGCAUAAAACUAUUUUUAACAAAAGCAAAUUUACCCUUCGUUAUUUCCGAAUAUUUAUAGAUCCCCCUUUUAUAGCUGUUCUCUUUACUAAUGGAAUAAAUACUGUAAUAAUAACAGCAAUUUGGACAAUAAUUUUGGAUUUUAUUCGUGACAAAGAUGUUCCAACGAAUUUAGAAAUAUAUUAUGUAAUAAUUCUUUCCAUAGCUGACUGUUUUGGGCGAGCCGCUUCAGGAUAUUUUCUAGAUAAAAGAACAUUAACUUUAGCAAAUUUUUGUUUAAUAACUUUUAUUGUAGAAGCAGCGACACUUGUAGUUAUCGUCUAUAUAAAUAACUAUAUAUUGGUUAUGGUUUGCGAAAUACUUAUAGCAACAUGCAUUGGAAUAACAGUUCUUCUGGAGAUAGCGUUGACACAUGAAUUUGUAGAACAGAAUUCUAGAAAAAUGGCGAUGAGUUGUAGAUUAAUACUUUAUGGCCCUCUCAGCUUUACAAUAUCACCGAUGAUAGGUUAUUUUAGAGGUGGUUAUGGCUCAUACGAUAAUGUAUUCUAUAUUCUAAGUGCAGCAUCUCUUCUUUGUGGACUUAUAUCUUAUCUUCUUCCCCGUCUAGCAAAAAGAAAACAAUCAUUACCACCUGAUAUUUCUUAAUAUCCGCAAAGAACUUCCACAUGCCUCGAUUAUGUGAAGAAAAAAAGAAGUUAUUAGAAGAUUUCAAACUCUUCGAGUAAAACUCGUGGUGUGCAAGUAUUUGGAGUGAUAGCAAAUGUUACAUAAACGUUUUUAUUUCCUCUCUAAAACAUAGACAUAUCUAGUUUAAUGCAACCUAUACUAAGUUUUCUUAACAUGCAACCUACAAUUAAAUAUGCAACUAACAACUAAAUAUGCAACAUGCAACCUAUACUAAUCAACCAACAACUAAAUUUGCGAUCUACAAUAAAUGAAGGAAAAAAAACUCAUAUUUAUUAACUUAUAUUUCUGAAUUUUUAUUUCUUCAAGCAAUUGUAAUUUCAGUUACUCGAAAUUUGAAUCCCAGGUAUGGCAAAUAUGUUAAUCCCACAUUGACCAUGUAUUUUGAUAUGGUACACGUAUUGAGAUUUUGUAGCCCCGAACUCUUUUCAUGGUUAGCUUGUUAGCUGGAUGAAUUAACGUAAUCAGACGGUUAUUGAUGAGAAAAAUAAUAGAAGAUUCAAUAUAAUUUAAGAAUAUUCAUAAUAUAAUUAGUAGAAUAUUCAUUUUAAAAACCCUCUACGAAUUUAAAUUUUUAUAAUUUAAUUUGAUUUUUUUAUUUUUCUGUAUUUAAUAUCUUGCAUACAUUUAUUUAUAGUAUUUAUUGUGCUUAACAAAACUUUUAUUGUAACUUCAAAAACGAUAAUCUGGUGAAGGUCGACAUUCGCAUAGUUGCUCUGGUAAAUUGUACCUUAAAUUUCUUAUUUUUCAGUAUUUAGUAUCUUGCAUUCAUUUAUUUUUAGUAUUUAUUGACCUUCAUUGAACUUUUACUGCAACUGCAAAAUCGAUAAUCUGGCGAAUGUCGGCAUUCACAUAAUUGAUUUUAUGGUGGAUUGCCAAAGUCAGCAUUCAGCAUACUCCGAAGCAUACAAAUUUUUUUAUCAGCAUGCAAAUUUUUUUAUGAUUAUUUCCCGCCUACAAUUCUACUACCAAUGUAUUAUUAAAAUUUCCGGUACAAGUGAGGAUAUUUAAAUAAAAUAUUUUAUUCAACAUUCAUUUAAUGGUAACCAAACAGAACGCACCUUCCUAAUGUUUUCCAAUUCUUUAACCCCUCCUCCUAUUCCCACAUUUUAACUAGUUUUAUACAAUAGAUUAUCCAACUAAAGUUUUUCAUCGUCUAGCUCAUAGAUUCUCAACCUUUUUAACGUUGCCGCCCUCCUAAGGAGCUGAAAAAAUUUCAA